AUUUCAUUUCAUUGCUCAUCACUAAAUUAGAAACAAAUCAGAAUGGUUUCACUCGAAGAUCUCAGUUCGAUCAAUAGCGACAAUUUUGAAGCCGACGGUCUUACUGCUCAUCAAUUGUUUGGAUCAGGCGAUGGACUCACUUACAAUGAUUUCCUCGUGCUGCCUGGUUACAUUGAUUUUGCAGCCGAUCAGGUACGAAUCACUACUCAGUUGACAAAGUCCAUUCAACUUAACACACCGCUUGUAUCAUCGCCGAUGGACACUGUGACCGAAUCGGAUAUGGCCAUAGCUAUGGCUCUCUGUGGUGGUAUCGGUAUCAUCCACCACAAUUGUACAGCAGAAUUUCAGGCACAAGAAGUGGUGAAAGUGAAAAAAUACAAACAUGGUUUUAUUCGUGACCCUGUCUGUCUAACGCCAACACACUGUGUGCGCGAUGUGCUCAAGGUUAAAAACGAAAAAGGCUUUACCGGAAUUCCAAUCACAGAUACUGGAAAGUUAGGCGGAAAAUUGUUGGGCAUCGUCACUUCUCGUGAUAUUGAUUUCAAAAUGAAGGAAAUCAUGGACGAACCAUUGCAAAGUUUGAUGACCGACUUUGCUGAUUUGACCACUGCUUACGAAGGCAUCUCGCUAGAAGACGCAGUUAAAGUAAUGGAAAAAACCAAAAAAGGAAAAUUGCCCAUCAUCGACAAAGAAGGACACCUAACUUCACUCAUUUCGCGUACAGAUAUCAAAAAACAACGUGAUUAUCCGUUCGCUUCGAAGGAUGCCAACGAUCAGCUAUUGGUUGGCGCCGCUAUCGGUACACGUGAUAACGACAAAGAACGUUUAGCACGAUUAGCUGAGGCUGGUGUUGAUUUAGUUGUGCUUGACUCAUCUCAGGGAAAUUCCAUCUAUCAGAUUAACAUGAUCCAAUUUAUCAAAAAGACCUACCCACAAAUACAAGUCAUCGCCGGUAACGUGGUUACACAAAAACAGGCACAUAAUCUGAUUAAAGCUGGUGCCGAUGCUCUUCGAGUAGGCAUGGGUUCUGGUUCGAUUUGCAUUACACAAGAAGUGAUGGCCUGUGGUCGUCCACAAGCUACUGCUGUAUACAAAGUGUCUAACUAUGCUCGCAAAUUUGGCGUUCCUAUCAUUGCAGACGGCGGCAUUACUUCGGUUGGUCAUAUUCUUAAAGCUUUAGCAUUAGGAGCUGGUGGUUGUAUGAUGGGAUCAAUGUUGGCCGGAACAACCGAAGCUCCCGGUGAAUAUUACUAUUCGAAUGGCGUUCGUGUCAAAAAGUAUCGAGGAAUGGGUUCGAUUGAUGCUAUGGAAAGCAAAGAUGGUGAAGGCUCUCGCCAGCGUUAUUUCCAAAGUGACAAUGAAAAUGUUCGAGUUGCUCAAGGUGUAUCCGGUGCUAUCGUAGACAAAGGCUCUAUACAUCGUUUUGUUCCCUAUCUUGUCAACGGAAUACGUUAUGGUUGUCAGGAUAUGGGUGUUCGAAGCCUAGAACAAUUACGGGAGCAAAUGUAUUCUGGUGUGCUUAAAUUCGAAAAACGUACAGCAUCUGCACAGAUUGAAGGUGGUGUACAUGGAUUGUAUUCAUUCGAAAAGAAAUUGUUCUAAUCUAAUCUAAAAUAUAUCCCCAUGGAUGUAUUUUUUUAAAUAUACUCAUAUCUAUCGAUUGCUU